AAUUCAAAGCAAUGUCAACCGGUACCAAUAAUUGCGUCUUCUACAGCUCUAUCGUCCUCCUCUUACUCACCUCCAUAGCCUUAACCGGCUACCUCAUCCGGGACACCGUCUUGGUCAUCAACAGCCCUAGAUUCCCCGAGUUCCGAGUCGACUCACUCUCCGUCUCCAACCUCUCCUACACUUACCCAAACUUCUCUGUCUCCGGCAACUGGAACGCCCGGUUCUCCGUCCAAAACCCCAACAAAAAGUUUUCCAUCUCCUACGACCUUGUUCAGUCCACGCUCGUGUACGAACCCAAGUCCUUGCACGUUUACGAACCCGAGUUCAUAUCCGAGAUCGGCAUCCCUGACUUCAACCAGUCCAUGCGUAAAGAAACGUUUAUCGACGCUGCGUUCGCGGUCAGCGACGCUUACAGAUCAAUGUCACUCGGUUACAUUAACGUCGACAGCACAGUUUCUUUCGUUGUGAAGUUUCUUGGUAGGAUUAAAUUCAAGGAUGGUAGGGGUAGACUUGUUAAAGAUUAUUGGGGGAGGGAAGCUCUUAAGGUUCAUUGCGAAGGUUUGGUUGUUUCUCUCGCUUCGUCACAUAGCGGUGCCUCCAUUUCAGGGAAGCUAGUGGAACCCAGGGACUGCAAGAUUUUAUAGUCUUUAGUAUGAUAGGAGGAAGUAUUGCUAGUUUCUUGAUCUUGAUAUGAACAAAUUGUUAAUACCAAGAU